AUGUUGCGAAUCAUCUUGGCGCCCCUGAUACUCCUGACUACAUGUCUACUAGGAGUAUCUGCCCUUCCCGGCCCCUUGCGACUGGCCUCUACCUUCUCCCGCAUCACCACCGAGUUUGAUAAUAUCAGUUUGGGAAAUUGCUCUCUCAACAUUGUGACCCUCCCAAUGAACUAUACCAAGACCAAACUCCCAGAGCCGUCACCUCAUUUGGAUCUCAAGUACAUUGCGUUGGGGCGUGGUACUCAAAACUACUCAUGCUCAUCCACCGAGAGCUCACAUUCCUCAAAAAAGUCUGCAACACCGGUAGCGGUCGGAGCGGUGGCUACUCUUUUUGAUGCAUCUUGCAUAGCAUCACAGUCAGUGAUGUUGCUCCACGAGCUCCCUGCAGUCAUUGCUCAAACUCCGCUGGGGUCCUUUGCCCUCAUGGUCGAGGCCUUGACCCUAACUACAAACUCGAGCAACCUGAUCAUCGGUGAACAUUAUUUCAAUACCGCAGGAGAUCCUUUCUUUGAUUUGAACAUGAGUGGGUCAGAUGCAUGGAUGGAGUGCAAGAAGGAUGCGUCUGUGAGCGCACCAACAAGAGUUUCUCGGAUAUCUGGAAAAGACGAGAGCAAUGUUCCAUGGUUAAAGCUUGAUUGCAAGGAUUGCAAGGGCAUCAAGGAAGUCUAUCGAGUAAUGACCGUCGGCGGAGUUGCUCCAACAACAUGUGCAGGGCAGAAUGAUACCGUACUCGUUGAAUAUGCCGCAGAAUAUUGGUUCUACGGAUGA